AAUGCCAUGGUGUGCGUUUGCAACGCAACCUACUGCGACACGGUGGAUCCGGUCUCCCUCCCUGACGUCGGCUACUAUGUCAAGUACACAACCAGCAGGGACGGCCAACGCUUGGAGCGGAGCGAAGGGCAAACAGACGCCACCUCAGGAGCUUCAGGUGGAAUUUUCUACACCUACAAUCCUUUCGUUCAGUACCAAUACAUCAAAGGCUUUGGAGGGGCAUUCACCGACGCUGCGGCCAUCAACAUCCUGAAGUUGUCUUACGCAACCCAAAACCAACUCCUCCGCUCUUACUUCUCGGAAGAAGGAAGUGAGUACAAUUUGCUGCGUUGGCCCAUUGGUUGCUCCGACUUUUCCACGCGGCCGUACAGUUACGACGACCAUUGCGUGGAUGACUUCGAACUCAAGUGUUUCGAGCUGGCCCCCGAAGACACCAAACUUAGG